AUGAGUGCCCGGGAGCGCCCUCGCCCUCCGCCCUCGGGCGACCCCCGCCGCGGUGAUGCUCGUAAUGGCUCUGGUGAUGGGUCCGCAACGAGAGCAGAGAGGUUUGAAGAUGAGAAAAAGCGCAUUAUUCAAAGCUGCUAUUCAAAGAAGGACACGGAUGGAACAUUGGUCGAAUCAUACAUUACACAUGUCCGAAUUGUCGAGGACUCAGCACACCCUUCAGCCCCUGCCCCGCCAACGUCGGCACCCGAGAACAAGAAACCGCGUGUUAUAAUUGUUUCGGUCCGGAGAUCUGGCAGAGUACGAAUGCACAAAGCUCGCGAAAACAAUGAUGGCACAUUCUCUAUCGGCAAAACCUGGAUGCUUGACGAUUUAUCGGCAAUUCAGUCCUAUGCUGCGUUGGUACCAAAGACGCCGGCUGAUCAACAACAUAAGGAAUGGGCGGGAAGUUCUGGGUUUGUGGUUACCAUAGGCAAGCCAUACUACUGGAAUGCCCGAAGCUCCAAAGAGAAGGAGUUUUUCAUUGGCAGCUUAGUAAAGAUCUACAAAAAGUACACAGGAGGCAAAUUACCCAAUCUAAUUGGGUUUGAUGAGAGAGAACGGCAAGUUCUGGCAGCAGCAGGAGGCCCCUCAAGCUCUUCAGGCCCACCCCCACGCGCUCCUGGCGUGACGCCGCCCCCGGAUGUAACGCCUCCUCAGCAGGCAUCCUCAUACGGAUAUCAAGGCCGCGACCCCAGUCGCGAUGGGGCCCGGGAUAUUGCGCGGAAGCCUUCCGAAGACCCCAUGCCGCGGCAAAAGAGCCGUGAGCAACUGCCCCGUCCGAGCACUGGAAAUAAUAGACCGGCUCCAUCUCCUUUCAACCUGGCAUCGAACCCACCACCCCCCGGACCGCCUCCAGCCCUUCCUCCUCCACGCAAAGAAUUAGAGAACAAGGACCCAUCAGUGAAAUUACCCUUGAAGGACGAUUCUAGACCGUCCUCAUCUCGCGGCGGUGAUGGCCGCCCUCCCAGGACUCCGACGUCUGAGUUGGCAGCUCAAUCCGCCGACAACCUUUCGCUCCACCAGAAGCGUAGUGUAGAUGGGCUGCGGCCUACUACACCUGGAUCAUUCACUAGUGAUAUUAGAGGCGCGCCGGUAAGCCCCAGCAGCAGUCUUGGCCCAAAAUCGCCAUACCGGGAAGUUGAUCAAGCACCAACUCAAGCACCAAAUCUGGAGCCUUUGCCCCAGCCUGUGCAAGAGAAAAUCGUAUCUGACGAGCCCCAGCCGGUUGUGCCAGCCGAGGAACCCGUCAAGCCCGUGGAAACCGACAGAACGCCAUCAUCGCCUGUUAUGGUCGAUCCGAUAGUAGCCGCGGCCGCGGCCCAAGUUCCCGAGCCUACUUCAGCCGCGACAGAAGAACCGCAAACCGCGGCUGACCAACAAGCUGCCGAGGAUGAUGCUGCAGCACAUCGACCAGGCCUCGGCCCCAUGGUCAAGAAGAAGUCUGCCAUGGAGAUUGCAGGCGCGUUCCGCAAAGCUGCAAAUGCUUAUGGCGCUUUCAAACCACGCCCUGGAGGCGCUGGCCAGCGCCUAUUAGCGGCGGCAAAGAAGCAGCAAGCUGAACAGGAUGAGCCAGAUGGCAUUACGGGUGUUGUCCCAGCUCCUUCACUUAGCCGAUCUACAACUGAGGUACCGAGAAGCCCUAUUGAUGAGCACAUUGAUCGCCAAGCAAUCCCAUCAUCUGCUCCGCCGGCGGAAAUACCACCAGCAAUCCUCCCAGCUAUUACACCAACAGUUGAGGUCACUCAGCCUGAUAUUGAAGUCACCUCGCCUGCCCCUGAAUCUGUUCCUCUUCCUGAAAGAAGUCAAGAUUCGCUAGCCGACAUCGUAAAAGUUGACGACCGCUCAAGAUCGCCAUCCCCAGCAGCCAGGGGCCGUCGACGAAGACGCGAAGACAACACCGUCAAAUAUUGCCAGGCGCUGGGGAUUGAGCCCAGCGUACUUGAUGGACGAGGCAUUGAUUUUGAUGAUAUUCUCACAGAUCUUGGGUGGAAUGGCCGCCUUAACGACGAACAAAAGAUUGAAGAUUUGGAAGCAGACGUUCGACGUGAGAUUGGUCGCGUUGAGGCUACCAGCUGGCUUGGUAAUCUUGAACAGCAAGAAGGCAAAGUGGAGCAACUCGCCGUUCUCAUUGAUAGGACCAUUGAGGAAUGCGAAGAGCUGGAGGGUCUUCUGACCUUGUACUCCCACGAAUUAAAUACCUUACACGAAGAUGUGUCGUAUAUUGAAGCCCAAUCCCAAGGUCUGCAAGUUCAAACAGCGAAUCAGAAACUCCUCCAAACCGAGCUCCAAAAUCUACUCAAAACACUUUCUAUCUCCACCUCUGAGCUUAGUCCACUCAAGGAAGCGUCCCUCAGCAACCCCGAUGGAUUGAAUGAGACCGAGAAAGCCCUCUCCACCCUUUACAAAGCCAUGCUCAUGAUUGAUGCAGAGAUUGGACAAAACAAAAAGCGCCUGGUCGAUGCUAGUGUUGGAGUCUAUGCUAAUACGGAGAUUGGCCAAAUGCGUGCCAUUAAAGAAAAGAAGGAAGAAUACCGCAAUGCGGCUCUGGAGUUCCUGCAACAGCGUCUGAAGCAGUUUAUGGCUAUGGCUUUCAAGAUGGCGGAGCAAAAGCGGGCAGAUGCAAAUACCUCUGCUACCAAAGAUCCCAUGAAACUUGAUGGUUUUGCUCGCCAGCAAUUCCGCGCAGAAGUAUGGAGAUAUAACCCCUUGAUGAUGUUCACCAAGGAAGUCAGCAUGUCCGAGUGGCACGCUUUGGUGAGUCUCUACGAGCAACAAUCUAAACCAUCCUAUCAAAGUGAGUUCCGCGAGAACAAUGCGGCCUGGAAGAAGGCGGCUCGCAAAGUAACGGGAGACGAGCAGGAGCUUCUGUUCACACACCAAGAAAAGGAGAAGGAGGGAGAAGGAAUCACUAUGGCGGCUCGCAAGCUUACCGUCCGACGAGGCAAGACUGUCCGGGCAGCAGCUGGUUUCCGAUUAGCGUCUGGUGGGGAGAAGAAGCCCAAAGGGAAGGUCGAGCCAUGUGAAGCAUUUGCUGGAACGCUCCGCGAGACCUUGAAUAUGAUUACUGACGAGCAGAAUUUCGUGGUGGAAUUCUUCCACCUGAAUUCUCUGGCCAAUGUUGACUUCUCCGACAUGGUGGCUGCCGCUUCGCCCGAGGGUCGACAGUGUCCUGAUUUCUCCGCUAAGCAGUCGCAUGAUCCUGAUCGCGAUAUGGCUAAGCGGGUUGAGCAUAUUAUGGACGAGGUCUAUUCGUUCUGGCCCAAUGACAUGCAAAGCAUGGUAGACUGGGCUAUUCAAGCGGACCCUCUACAAGGAAUUGGAAUUAUAUUUGCUUUGGAGUCUGCUAUGGGUGAUCUUGACGAUACAAACCAAGAGUUCAUUAUCCAUUCCUUGCAGAAAGUACAUUCUCGUCUGAUGGGCCUGUACAAUCGCUUUGUGGAUGAACAGAUCCGAGGCAUUGAGGACACCAAAGUCAAGAUUAAUAAGCGCAAGGGUGUAAUUUCCUUCAUGCGUGUGUUCCCCAACUUUUCCAAUGCUGUUGAGACCAUGUUAUCGCACCCAGGUGGGGAUAUGUGUGAUAUUCGGAUCAGCGUCAACGAUGCCUAUGACCGCAUAAACCGGGCGAUGUGGGAGUCCCUCAAAUUUAUUGCCAAGGAAGCACCCGGUCAACCACCCGGUGUGACAGCCACAGCCGGCGACCCCGAAGACAAAGAAGUCCUCAACUACCACAUCCUCUUGAUCGAAAACAUGAACCACUACAUUGAAGAGGUAGAUGUGCAUACCCUGCCCGUCCUCGAGCGCUGGAUGGCCCGAGCUCAUCAAGACUUUGACGAGCACAUGAAAUUGUACCUCGAUGCCGUGAUGCAGCGACCUCUAGGCAAACUCCUAGAUUUCAUCCACUCGCUCGAGAGUCUCCAAUCAUCCGGCAACGGCGCCGACAUCGCCACCCGCGCCAGCCACUCCCGCAUGGUUGCCAAGAAAGUUUUAUCAUCAUAUGACUCGAAGGAAGUCAAGCGUGGGGUUGAACUGCUCAAGAAGCGCGUUGAGAAACAUUUUGGUGAUGCAGAUGAUCCCGGAUUAAGUCGUAGCUUGGUAUUGAAGGUAUUGCGAGAAUGUGAGCAACGGUAUGAGAAUGCGUGGGACCGGACCCGACACUUGAUUGAUACGGUGUACGAGGGACAAUUGGAACUGGAAUGGCGCAAGGAGGAUGUGAGUGCGAUGUUCCGGAAAUGA